UGCCUGCACAGUACUUGAAGCGUCAUUGACUGAACAAUCGCAGUUUUAACGCAUUCAUUUAACUCUGUAUGUUUUUCACGAUGUGAACCUUUGCUUGCAGCUAGAUGGUAAAGGUGGCUCUUAUACCCCUUAGGAUAACAAAUGAUUUACCCCUGUGCUGUUGUCAGAGAGGUAACCUUUGACCUCCUGUUCUCUAACAUGGCUGCCCUUCAGAAGAUACCGGCGUUCCAGCCCGGGCUGAUACCGGCGUACCGCCGCCUGUACGGGCUCACUGGGAGGAAGAUACGCAAAGAACAGAUCCUUGCUGCAGUACCAGCCACAUCAGUCCAGGGGCGCUUCAAGAGCAGCAGUCGAUCGCGGGAGUAUCUGCAGGAGAGCAUCGUGCCAAGCUACCAUUUCCAGCCCAGCAUGCCGCGCCUGCCGGUACCCAAACUGUCGGACACGUGUGGCCGGUACCUGGCCUCACAGAACCCCAUGUUGGACAGUCAACAGUACACUGAGACAGAGAGGAUCACUAAGGAGUUUGAGGCUAAGGAAGGGGCAGAACUGCAUAAGGAGCUUGUUGCCAUGAACGACCAGAACAAGCACACAAGCUACAUCUCAGGCCCAUGGUUUGACAUGUACCUACAGAGCCGGCUCUCUGUAGUGCUGAACUUUAACCCCUUCAUGUCGUUUGUGGAUGACCCCAGAGCUGGAUACACUGACCAGCUGGUGAGGGCCACCAACUUUGUGGUGUCCUCUGCAAGAUUUAUGAAGUCCCUGAGAGCCGAGCUGCUCAAGCCUGAGAUUUUCCACCUUGGUGAGAGGAGCAAGUCCAAGUGGUUUGAGAAGAUCAUUCGGUACGUUCCCAGUUCCCUGUCCUGGUACGGAGCUUACAUGGCUAACGGAUACCCCCUGGACAUGAGUCAGUAUAAGAAUCUCUUCAACUCCACACGAAUCCCUCGUACAGGGAGAGACGAAAUCGUGGUGGACGAUAUGGCUAACCACUUACUGGUCGUGAGGAACGGGCACAUGUACGUCUUUGAUGUGAUGGACGCUGAUGGUAACAUCAAGCCAGCGGCCGAGCUGCAUGCCUACCUGAGCCACAUCCUGUCUGACAACUCCCCACCCCCCUCUCACCCCCUGGGCUACCUCACCGCAGAGAACAGAGACACAUGGGCAGGACUGAGGCAGAAACUAGAGGACUGUGGGAACGGUGAAGCACUGAAGGCAGUGGACAGCGCAAUGUUCUGUCUGUGUUUGGACGACUCGACAGCAGAGGAUCCAGACAGCCUUACCAGACUGAUGCUGCAUGGAGAUGGGGCCAACAGGUGGUUCGACAAGAGUUUCUCCCUGAUCAUCGACAAGAACGGGAAAGCUGCGGUUAACUUCGAACAUGCGUGGGGCGACGGCGUGGCUGUUCUGCGCUACUUUAACGAGGUUUUUGACGACAUGUCGAUUUCUCCCAACAUUACCCCCUCCUGCAAACCUGCGGACAUCAAUGCUUCAGAACACGUCAGGAAGUUGGAGUUCAAACUUGACGGAGCGCUGCAGGAAGGUAUCCAGACAGCGAAGGAGAACUUUUUUGCCCUGGUGAAGCCGUUAGACCUGGCCUCGCUGCAGUACUCCAAAUAUGGCAAGAACGACCUGAAGAAGUUCAAAAUCAGCCCAGACUCACUCAUGCAGCUAGCUAUACAGAUGGGAUACCAUCGACUGACGGGUAAGACCGCAGGAACUUACGAGUCCUGUAGCACGGCUGCGUUCAAACAUGGCCGCACAGAAACCGUUCGCUCGUGCACCGCGGAGACCAGGCAGUGUUCGCUGGCGUUCGACAAGGUCGGCUCCGCGAACGCAUCGGACCUGCGUCAGCUGAUUCAAGCCUGCUCUGAUAAACACAACAGCCUCACCAAAAAUGCUGCUAUGGGCCAGGGCUGGGAUCGUCACCUGUUUGCCCUGCGCCUUCUGGCAGAGAAGAGCGGCGCGUCUCCCGCCAUUUUCCGGGACCCCGCGUACGCCACCAUUAACCACAUCAUCCUCUCCACGAGCACCCUCAGCAGCCAUGCCGUCCAACUUGGUGGCUUUGCGCCCGUCGUGCCGAAUGGUUUUGGCAUCGGCUAUGGGAUCCGAGACAGGUGAUGACUGGUUGUUUUUUUGUGCUU